AUGGAGACUAUUGGGAGCAGACUCCGCAAGAGACGCCGUACGAGCCCGAUGUACAAUGAGGAUAGCGAGGACUCUUCUCCACCGCCCAAACGAGCACACCCUAAUAGGGGUGCAUCUACCCGUGGCAAACGUGGGCAAGCUGCUAUCUCACAACAGAGCAUGCCUGCAUCUUCCCAUGAAGAACCACAACCCCCUGUACACGCGGCAUCGCCAGUACCUGAGACUUCUCCUCCAGUUGCCUCGCCAGCCUCCGCGCCUAGCAUUCAGCAGCCUCCCCAGGAAGCGCCUACUUCCAAUCGGCACCUUCCAUCUGGGCAACCCUCUCCCCUAGGUGCACAUCCACCAGACAUCAACACCGUUAUUGCAGACAUCAUCAACCAUGGUGAGACAGUUGAAAGCCACUGUGCCUCCCAAGGGUAUGCUGCAAUGGGUAUGGUGGACACAGAAAGCUAUUCACAACUAGGAGCUAGUCUACAUCUCAAGCUUCAAAGCCUUCCCAUCUUGGACAAUUUGGCCACACAAAUCAUAAAUACCUUAGCCAAAUCCUCAUACCAAGAAAUCCUCACCAUAGCCACGAAACCUGACUCCGAUCCCGGUCAAGCCUACGCGACUCUAAAGUCUCUUUUCGAUCAUACUAAGAAGGUCUACUCGAUCACUGAGCCUUUCCUAAACCCUUAUGAGCUUGGACUUGUGGAGAACGCCCAUCUUGAUACAAUCAGGAAAGCAAACAUGGCUACAUUCGUUUCGAGUGUCUUUGGGAGCCAAGACGUAGGAUUCUAUCAUCUUAACGAAAACUUUCUUGACACCUUCGUCGCAGAUGGCGGCCGUCUUUUGAAGAAUCAAGCUCAGUUGCUCCUGGAUCUGAAGACACAGGCCUACAUAUCUGCUGCAACCACUGGCGAACGUAGCAGAGAGGCAAUUCUUGAUGACCUAUUUCCGCAUGACCUAGGGGAUCGCUUGCUGAGGCGAAGAACUGGCGCUAAACAGUUGGCUCCGAGCGAAGCGGAAUUUGUGCAGCGUGCUCAGAAUCGAAGGAAGGCGUUGCUUGAAGAACCAAACACCGAAGCAGGGAUGGCGGCUCUGCCAGGGAAAUACAUUUGGGAAGAUUUCUUGAGGGACAUUAGUACAUAUGUGAGCAAGAACUUCGAGGCCAUUGCUGGUAUAGCUGCUCGUAAGGCGCCUCGCCCCGGCCGCGGAUCGAACGUCUUUACCGCCGAAAAGAGUAAACAACAGCCUCAGUCGCAGCAGCGUCUUACACUACAACAGCAGCAGGUACCACAACAAGAACGCCAUACUCGGCAGAUGCCGCAAAUGCAACGUGAAAUUUCACUAGGAGGAUUGCCCGCCCCAGCGGAGACAGAAAACCUUCAUAUUGAUCCUCGCAUUUCCGGAAAUGAUGACAUCGCUGAGAGGGCGGCACGUGCAGCUCCUGUCGCGAUGCAGGACUUUGGAAACAAUGAAGGUUCUUUAACUCCUCAACAGCCUCUGCAAGAAGCUCAGUCAUCAGAUGAAACCAGAACCCCGGGUUCAGUGCAACCCGUUGUGAAAGGAGACUUGCCCCAAAUCCAGUAUCACUUUGAGCAUCCGCUUCAUCCAAAUGUACCUGCUCCACCACCGCCUCAUUGGACAUUGACGCCGUAUGACCAUCCUCAGCAAGCACAAGGACGUACACCCGUCCAACAACAAUGGCAAGGGCAAGGGCAAAUGAACAUGGGACAACUUCAUCCAUCAUAUAGCGACCCGAAUCUCAUUCCCUACCCAACACAAUCAGCACCUACUUCGGUGCUAUAUGAACGGGCAAGGCAAGCUGCCACAGCCAAAUCGUCUCCGAACAAUCGUCGUACCGGCCAUCCAAGUCAACGUCGCCCAUGGACUAUAGAAGAAGAGAAUUCGCUCAUGGCAGGCCUGGAUCGUGUCAAAGGACCUCACUGGAGUCAGAUUCUCGCAAUGUUUGGUCCAGGUGGUACUAUCAACGAAGUACUCAAGGAUCGAAACCAAGUCCAGCUCAAGGACAAAGCGCGCAAUCUCAAGCUCUUCUUUUUGAAGAGCGGCAUCGAGGUUCCGUAUUAUCUGCAAUUUGUCACUGGCGAGUUGAAGACAAGAGCGCCAGCUCAAGCGGCCAAGAAUGAGGCUAAGGUUAAAAGUGCAACGAGUGAGGAUCGUGCUCAUGUCGAAGGUGUCUUAGCUCUUGCCGGAGGGCAGCUGCCGGAGUCAGAUCAAGCUGCAACAGAUAGGGAAGAUCAGGAAAGUGCUGUGCAGAAUGGUGACAUCGUUAUGGGAGAUGCAGACGGUGGCCAUGAUAGUGCCAUGGGCAACAGGACAGAGGCUGAUUUCGGUACCGCAAACGGACAGGAUGUUGCUGGAGAAAGCGCCGACGCGCUAAGGGACGAUGUUGGAGAGAUCGCACUACUAAAGCAGGAAAAACCAGAGCAGCAUCGGACACAGCAAGCACAAAUGUUACCUACGAAUGUUUACAUGAACGGGAUCGACGGCAGACCAAAUACCCUCAACUUGCAUACUCAAGCAAUGCAUAAGCCUAAUCUGGACUCAUCAAACACCGAUCCAGCUCUCCUCGUUUGA